AUGGUCGCCAAGAGACAUCCUCGCUAUCUCUCAUCAUCAACUCCUAACCGACAGCAACAAACGACUGCAUUGUAUUUAUGCUCAUCAUGCCACUCGGAGUUAUUUGACCAAAAAGACAUCAUCUCCAGAGCAUUUCAGGGCAGACAUGGACAAGCAUUCCUGAUUCAUCAAGUCAUCAACAUUUCAAUUGGAGAUCAGGAAGAAAGAAUGCUCAUGACCGGUCUUCACACGGUAGCAGACAUUUCAUGCAGCGUCUGUUGCGGUACAAUUGGGUGGGUGUACAUCAAAUCACCAGAAAUGAACCAGAAAUACAAGGAAAACAAAUUCAUCAUAGAGAAACUACGAGUAAUAAAAGAGGCUGUUGUAUAA